UCAUUUUAGUCGAGUCAACUCAAACGCUUACUGGAUUCCGUGUUCUCAGGGUGCGUAAGAAGAGUCCCGUUUCAGUCUUUCGGGCAUGGCUCAGCUGGGUUCGAAACGCCAAUUCAUCCCGCUCGCCUAAAGUUCUGCAGAGUUUCAUGCAGAUUGCAAGCAGCUUACGGUUAUGGAUUCCGCACACCACCCGCUCGAUCCCUCCGCCUCCUCCCCCCCCGCCUCUCCUGCGCAAGUCCCCCCACAGCAAGUAGCGCACACCUCGCCACCCCAAUCUGCGCCAGCGUCGGAACCCUUCCGCUCCGCGCAUCCAUUCCCCCCCCUUCCGCCGGGUCCGCCGCCCCCUUACCCCUAUAUAGCGCCCUCUUCGUAUUAUCACUAUCCGGCGGCUCACUAUCCCCCUCCUGGGUGGUAUGACUACAGGCGAUAUCCGCCGUUGGCUUUCCCGCACGCGCCAAACCCCCCGAACGCGCAUGGGAAAUCCCCCUCGUACGCGCACGGGGGAAUAUUUCCGCAUGCGUCAAACCCUCCGCUUGCGCCAAACCCCCCGCAUGCUCGAUUUCCCCCCAACCCGUACGGUGGGCUCCCCCCACAAGGGGGGAGCGGAGGGGAGAGAAGCAAUGCAAGCGCAGCAGAACGAGCAGGAGGCGAAUCAGCGACCGCAAAAUGUGGAGGAGGGGCAGCAGGGUGAGCAGAAUGAAGAGCAGCAGCAGCAGCAGCAGGAAGAGACGAAGGCUUGUCUUGUGUCUUCUGCCUCUUACCCUUCCCUUACUACUCCUGUUUUAUCCAUCAACUCUCCUCCUCCUCCCCCUCAUCUCCCUCCUGCUGCUUCCACACAGACUGCAGAAGCUGCUACAGAUGCCGCUACAGGUGUUGCUACAGAUGCUGCAAGCAGUGCUGCUACAAAUGCCGCUACUGACGGUGACGCCACGGCUGCUACAGAUGCUGCAGCAGCCCCGGUCACUGCCCCUCUAUGCACCAAUGCUGCAGUAGCGGCCCCUAGUCCUUCUGCUACAGCUGGUGGUGCCUUUGCCACGGCUGCUACUGUUGAUGGUGCGUCUGCUCCUGCUGCUACAGCUGGUGGUGCCUCGGCUGCUAAUGCCUUUGAUGCCUCUCCCCUUCUUCUGAAUGUCGCUGCUACUGCAUCCGAUUCGUUUGCUCCUCCUGCUGCUGCUCCUGCUCCUGCUCCUGCUCCUGCUCCUGCUCCUGCUCCUGCUUCCGUGCAACAUCCAACAAUAGCAGUGGCACUAGCAGUAGCAGCAGCACCAGAGAAUCAGGACUUACUGCCAUCAAUGGCUGUGCCAGCAGCAGCCAUAUUAGCAUCAGCAGUGCCAGCACCACCACUAUCAGCAGCAGCAGCAAAAGCAGCAGCAUCAGGAGCAGCAGCAGAAGCAGUACCUGCACCAGCGGUACGAACCGCUUUAACGCCACACGCCCCAGCACCAGGCACAGUAGCAGCACCAGCAGCAACGGCACCAGCACCAGACACAGCAGCACCAGCAGCAACGGCGCCAGCACCACAAGCACAAGCACCACAAGCUCAAGCACCACACGCACAAGCACCACAAGCACCAGCACCACAAGCACCAGCACCACAAGCACCAGCACCACAACCAGCACCACAAGCACCAGCACCAGCACCAGAUGCAGCCCCAACGCCAGCAGCAGUAUUAUCAAUAGCACUGCAAACGACAACAGCAGAAGUAGCAGCAUCACCAGCAGCAACACCGCGAUCACAUGCAGCAAUACCGUUAGCAUCACCAGCAGCAGCAGUGGCAGCAGCGGCGGCAUCAGCAUCACCAGCAGCAGCAGCUGUGCCACCACCGCCAGCGCCAGCAGCAGUAUUGCCAUUAGCACCACACACACCAACAGCAGAAACAGCAGCAUCAUCACCAGUAGCAGCAGUGCCAGCAGCAGCAAUACCACCACCACGAGCAGGGGCCGCAUCAUCACCAGCAGUAGCAGUGGCAUCAUCACCAGCAACAGCUGCGCAGUUAGCAGGAGUAGUACCGUCACCAGUCCCAGCGGCAGUACCGUCACUAGUACCAUCAGCAGUGCGAGUGGCAGCAGCAACGGGCAGAGGGGGAGGAGGAGCGGUGGACAGGGAGGGAGUGAGAGGGAGAGGAACAAAGAGAGGAGGGAUAGAGGACAGAAAAGAAGCUGUGGGCAGAAAAGAAGCUGUUGACACAGCUCAAAAGAGGAAAGGCGAGGAGGACAGGGGGGAUGGUUAUGAGUCGACUCAAAUGGAAACUCAAAAGCGAAAGCGUGAAGAGGACAGGGGGGAUGGUUAUGAGGCACCUAAGAAGAGAAAAGGCAGGGAGAGUAGGGAAGCGGUGGAGGGGAGAUUGAGGGAGUGUGUGGGGGAGAGGCGGCUGUGGCAGCUGCUGGAAGACAGAAGCCCGUUGCUGGCGUCUCUAAAGGCGCACGUGAAGCUGCUGUGGAAAGCAGGGAUAGAGGCAGUGCAGCCGUUUCAAGACCUAUUGCUGGCACAUGAGAUAACUCUAGAGGACCUGAAAGGGGAGAAGAAGGGGGCUCUUCAGCUGUUCGCGUUGCUGCUGGGAGCACCGGAGGUAACAUCGUUACGAAAGGAUGAGUUGGCAGAAGUGAUUAUAAGGGCGGAUGCAUGGGAGAGAGUGAGGGGGGAAGAGACUAGAGCAGUAGCUGGUGUGGAGAUGGGAAGCGAGAGAGGAGGAGAAAGAGGGGCUACUGCAAUGGCAGCAACAGGAUCAUCCGUGGGUGAAGCAGCCACAACCGCAGCAGCAGCAGCAGCAGCAGCAGCAGCUGCAGCCAUAGCAGUAGCAGGAGAAUUACCACCACCACCAUUGCCACAACCAAUAGUAGCCGCUAACUCAGCAGUAGCUUCAACAGCAGCAGCAGCCACUAACUCAGCAGUAGCAGCAGCAUGCACAGAAACAGCAGGACCAGCUGUGCCCCUACCCACAGCACCUUCAGCAGCAGCUCUACCUGCAGAACCGUCCCCAGCAUCCCUCCCAACUGCACAGAACCGCACAGUAUCCCCGCAACCUCCCUCGCAGUUGCCAGGACUCCUUUUACCUCAGGAAAUUGGGCUGUCAGGUAUUGGGGAUGAGCGGAUUGCAAGGUUAAACCGGCCUGCAGAUGUGCUUCUAACGGAUUUCCUUGAAAGGAGGAUGCAAUGGGAGUACACGGAGGAGCGGGAGCUGCUGGCUGCCAAGCUGGAGGCAUACGUACGAUCGCUCAUCAGGACGAACCCAGGGGCGCUCAAGGUCUACCAGACGCUGUUCUUUGCACAGUGUGCAGCGGAGGAGGAUCUGCAGUUUGAGAAGCGGGACGUGUUGAGGGUGGUGGCGCUGCUGCUGGGGUGCGCCGUGACUGCCAAGGCGAAGAAGCUGGACCUGGUGAAGGCUAUCGGUGGCAGUCCGCUCUGGCAGGCACAUAAAAGGAGAGAGAGGGGAAGAGGGGCUUCAGAGAAAGGUGGAGGAGGGGUGGGAAGAGGAGGAAAAAAGGAGCACCAGCACCAGCACCAGCAGCAAUAUCACCACCAAUUACAGCAGCAGCGACAACUGCUGCAGCAGCAGCAGCAGCAACAGCAAUGGCAGCACCAGCAGCAACAACUACUGCAGCAACAGCAGAAACAUCAACAGCAACAGCAGGAGCAGCGGCAACAGGAGCACCACCACCUGCAGCAGCAGCACUUGGAGGAGGGGCAGAGCCGAAAGGGGAUCCAGACCUGUGGUAUGUACAAUGAGAGCUUGCUGCAGGCGUUGGCAGGGCAGAGUCCGGAAAGGGGAGAUGAGAGGGAGGAGAGAGGAGAGGAAGGCAUGAAUGGACGUGAGGUGGAGGGGGAAGCCCGACACGCCCAAGGAGGGUUGCGAGGUGAGGGAGAGCAGGCGGGAAUAGCGGGAGAAGAUAAGGAAGAGAAAGAAAUCCGGGAAGAGAGGGAAGAGAAAUAUAAGGACUUCGUAGAGAAAAAGGGAACCGUGGACUUUCCUGGGGGGGGAACGAGGGAGCUUGAGUCUCAGGCAAAGCGUCACCUGGAUAACUUCUUGGGACGCCGGCACCAUCUUGACGAGGUGAUGGGUGAGGUUUCGAGUACAGGUAGGGUGACGUUGCAGCAGUUGCAACGGCUGAAGAAUUUGCUUCGGGCAUAUGCUGCAUAUUGUGAAGCGCAGAACGUGUUAGAAGAGCAGUGUGUUGUAACACAAAGCGCGAUUUAUGAAUAGAAUUGUUUGAAUUGUAAAGAAACAUGCGUCUUCUUUGUAAUUGUGGAACCACUAAAACAAUAGCGGUGUA